CGACGUCUACGCCCUGUUGUUCUUGCGAUGACUAGACAAUUGAAUAUAGAUAUUACCUCAAAGCUAACGAUGACAGGAGAAAACAAAAUUUCCAGAAAAAUUCCCAAGCAAGUUGCCGUACCCGCAUCACGAUGGCUAAGGAUACAUCUACAAUCAACCUUCUCGACUACAAAGUACUCUCCUUCGACGUUUAUGGUACUUUGAUCGACUGGGAAGGCGGUAUUAUUACCGCUCUGCAACCACUUCUGACCAAGGAUGAUUCCAAGGCCUCUGCGACUAGGGAAGAGUUGAUGAAUGCCUUCCACAAGUUGGAGGCUGACCAGCAGACCCGGACCCCAUCAAAGCCAUACAAUGAGCUCCUCGCGACUGUGCAUCAGCAAUUCGCAGAGCAGAUGGGCCUGCCUAUACCCACAAAUGAAGAGAGCACCGCGUUCGGAAAUACUGUCGGCGAGUGGCCAGCUUUCACAGACACGGUUGACGCACUGCGACGGCUCAGCAAGACAUAUAAGCUCGUAGUCCUAUCAAAUGUCGACCGUGCAUCAUUCGCGAAGACCAAUGCUGGCCCACUCGCGGGCGUGAAGUUCGACGCCAUCUUGACAGCACAGGACAUUGGCUCAUACAAGCCGGAUCUUCGCAACUUUGAGUAUAUGCUGGAAUAUGUCAAGGAGCACCUAGGAGUUGAGAAGGCUCAGGUACUCCAGACGGCGCAAAGCCAGUUCCAUGAUCACCAGCCGGCACAAAAGGUAGGAAUCAGGAGUGUAUGGAUUGCAAGGAAGGGUGCAGCAAUGGGCAAUCGAGAAGGUGCCAUUUACGACCGCAUGUAUGGUACACUUGGCGAGAUGGCAGACGCUGUUGAAGCCGAAAGCAAGCCAUGAACAGACAUCCGUAUAUUCCCUUACUGGUUUGGCAUAGCCGGUGAGGGUAGGGCGGCCUGAGACACAUCGAAACCUGUGGACUAAUAUAAAGAUGGUUUAAGUCUGAUAAAUAUCACUACAUGGAAGACCAAGGCAUUUGUGAUGGUAAGGUGACAUGUGUCUGAGUAACGUAGAAUAGAUAGGGGUGAGUAGUGAGCAGCGC